CCAACAAACGUCGUCGACAUCGCGUAAAUAAUGGCGCAGUUUCCCGCAGUUUCUAUGCCAUCCAUGAUGCCAUCGUUCGGUGUAUAAACUGCUUCGAAACUGGGUAAAUACAUCUUGUUAGUUUCACUUGCAGCCAUGGAUGAAUUGGCUUGCCCACGAUGCCGGACGACAAAGUAUCGCAACCCCUCAUUGCGGCUUAUGGUGAAUGUCUGCGGCCAUGCCCUGUGUGACAACUGCGUUGAGCUGCUCUUUGUUAAGGGUUCAGGGGCCUGUCCACAGUGUAAUGUGCCUUUGAGAAGAGGCAAUUUUCGGCUGCAAAUUUUUGAAGAUUCGAAAGUAGAGAAGGAGGUGGACAUAAGACGGAAGAUACUCAAGGACUACAACAAGCGUGAGGAGGACUUUGAGACGCUGCGGGCUUAUAAUGACUAUCUCGAGGAAGUUGAAACCAUAAUUUACAACCUGGCCAAUGAAAUUGACGUCGAGGCAACACGGCGGAAAGUUGAGCAGUACAAGAGGGAAAAUAAGUCCCAAAUACAGAAAGGAAAGCUUAAAGCCUCAAAAGAUGAGGAGUACUUGGAAGAACUUUUGGAGCAAGAACGACAGGAGUCUGAACUGAGACGUGACCAGCUGGCUGAAGUGGAGAAAGCGGCACAGCGCGAGAAGCUAAAGCAGAAGGAGUCGCUUAUCGACGACCUCAUGUUCUCGGAUUUGCCAGCCAAUAAGAUCCUAGCCAGCCACGGAGACAAGCUGCGACAGGUGGCAGGUCCAAAGCCACUACCUCCAAAGCCAGUCACGGCAGAGUUCUCCACUGGCAUAAAGUUCCGGCAUAAGGAGGCUUUCCUUCCCAUACCAAAGGUUGUUGAAGGCCCACUCUACAAGUACACUGCUCCCACGCUGGACCUGUGCGGGCCAGCAGCCCCAAGCUUGGAGUCGCUUUCACCUUUAGGCUACACAAACCACGUGCGAGCCACAGUGGAAGCUGAGGAGGCUGGAGGAUUCCUGGCAGGGCUAGCUUGCCAGAGGGCACUGCAAGAUGCAUUCUGUGGUCUCCAUUUCAAGGUGGCUGAAGAAGUUUCAUGACUGCUCGGUGUGCGUCCAGCUGUCUUCGUCUAAUAUCCAUGCACAUUUUGUAAAAUAAGGAGCAAUAAAUUAUUCCCUGUGAUUAAA